AUGUCAUCGCGGCUAGUGCUGCCUUUGCUAGCGCUCUUGAGCGUCCUAUUAACAGGCUUAUACGUAGCCGACGUGGUGUCUACCAAAACCUUUGAGUCCGCAUGUGAGAUGACGUGGUCGUGGCCUGUAUAUUCGCCUGUGACGUGGCGUUCGGUGCCCUCACACCCCAAGUAUCAACUCUACCGCGUCGACAUGAAGUUCGAGCGCGAGUUUCUCUCGGGCGUCCCCGUUCUCUUCGUCCCUGGUCACAUGGGGAGCUACAAACAAGCACGUUCGCUGUCUCGUCAUCUGUGGGACACGAAUGAGACGCUCUUCGACUUGUUCGCGCUCGACUUGGCCGAAGAACCCACAGGUCUAAACGGGGACUUCAUCACCGACCAGGCCACAUACCUCAACGAUGUGGUGCGAGCCAUUCUAAGGGAAUACAAGAGACAAAAGAAAAGCAACAAGCAGCUCGUCAUCCCUCACAGUGUCGUCAUUGUGGCUCAUUCUAUGGGUGGAAUUGUGGCUCGCACUGCAGAGUUAUUACCCAAUUACAAGACGAGAUCCAUCCAGCAUGUCGUGGGUCUGGGUGUGCCUUAUGAGAAACCAUCGUUCCCGUUUGAUGCAGAGAUGAACGCAGUCUAUGACAGGAUCCACGCGACGAAGGGUAAAGACGACCAAGUGGUGUAUGUAUCCAUCGCAGGAGGACACAAGGAUACGCUCGUACAGACUUCGCUGACAAGUAUCGAUACAUUGGCGAACUCCUCACAAGCUUUUGUGGCCCUAGCCUCUGCAAUGCCGACGGUGCAGACACCUGUGGACCAUUUCUGCUUGCUGUGGUGUCAUCAGUUGUUGAAGGUUGUGGCAGAGAGUUUGUACAAGUCUGUGGAUCUAGAGACAAGAGAACUCGUGAGUGACCCUACUAUGCGACUGACAAUUGCAAAAGAAACGGACGCGAGCGUACUGCUACACCGUAGCUACGUGCAAGAUGGCUACCAUUCUGAUGAAUAUGCUGGCUAUGCGCUGUUGCUCCCGUACUUCUUGACGAAUCUUUUACGCACGAGGUUUAUGACGGUGGUCGUCAUCAUGUACGCGUUGGCUCUGCAGAUUUUCUACGCUCAAGUAUCUCAGUGGCAGACUCGCUUCAGCCUUCAGUCAACGCCAUCGCCUCAGGAUCUCAGCCAGGAGAAUUUUCCUUCUUUUACGUCGAUGCUGAGCCCUGCAGCACAUGCUCCUGCGUUUCUAAAGAACGUCGCGAAUGCUCUGCAAGGAAGAUCUAACCUUGGCACGAGUACAACGAUAAUCAUUCUCUACGUCUACGCACUGGGCCUGUUGUACGCUCUCACGAAGGUCUUCUCGCUGCUGCAGCGCUUUGUCGUCUCACCUGUCGUGUCACUUCUGGGCAACAUCACCGACCGACUCAAGCUUCGCCGUUGGAUGAUUAUCGCCACCUUUCACAUGGGUGUACAGCUGCUGGGACAAAUCAAGAGCCUAUCCUCGGACUCCUCCAAAUUAUUGGGACUGCUGGUGCUGGGAUCGUUCGUCGUCUUCGCUAUUUACUUGCUCGCUCUGAGUGGAAACAACGUUGGCACUUUGGACCAGCAACGCAUGCAACGAUCGCUGUUCGCUGUGCUGUUCCUGUCUGUUUUCCCGUGGGUAGGCAAAGUGGCGUACUUCGCUGGCAUUGUACGACACGCACCGUCCGAGCUAUCGAAUGAUCUGCUGAUGGAAGGUGGGUCUUACGUCGUGGUGUUGAGUGCGUUCACGUAUCUCAUCAGUCUUUCGCUUGACUGCAUGCUUCCGCUGCCUCCAACUGCUUUCUUUGGAGCUUCAUCAGGACAAGAUGCUGCCUCAGUGUACGGGAAAUCCUCCAAUAAUUCGGUCAAGAUUACGGCGGAGAACUGCCCCAAAUGCAUUUUCGAGGACGGAGGCCCUGGAUCGGUGCUUGUUGAGUACAGUGAUGGAACUACUCGUCGUGUUGUGACGGGCAAAACUGGUGAAGUGGUGUACGUAGGCCCCACAUUCCGGGUCGUGUCUUGUGACUGCGUGUAUCGCUUUACGAACACGCGGGAUUUCUGUGACUUUUGCAUUCGAUCGUGCCGAUUAUGCGGAGGUGGAAGUGGGAACUACCAAGAAGCAGCCAAGUACAAGGACUUUUUAGACGAGAGUAAGGUGGAUUUGGCGAUGCACGCUCUGGUGCCCACGACUUUCCAGAUUUGCGCCGUGAUUCAAGCAACCUACGGCUUCUACCGAGCGCACAUGUCGUUCUACCUCACACCUGUGUGUGUUCUAGCGUUAAUUAUCUACCACGUCGUGCUUCGCCAUCCCAUUGAAGCUCGACGCAUCAAGAACAAACAACGCAAGAAAACGACAAAGAAGAAAAAACCCUCCAACAAGGCCAAGAGCAAGACCACUACAACGACUACAACAGCCACCGAGACGAACGUUACCUCUCGCAACAAGAAGAAAAAGAAGCGCAAAUCGGCAACGUCCUCUGCUUCACCGCUGAUAGAAGAGGUGUCCGCCUCGUCCUAG